AUGGCACUGCAAGCAAGUCGACUGGAUGAGAAAAAACUCUGCUGUUCGAUCUGUUUGGAUCUGCUGAAGGAUCCUGCGACUCUUCCCUGUGGACACAACUACUGUAUGAAAUGCAUUAAAAGGCACUGGGAUGGAGAGGAUCAGAAACACAUCCACAGCUGCCCUCAAUGCAGACAGACCUUCAUACCGAGGCCUGCUCUGAAGAAAAACACCAUGUUGGCAGGUUUAGUGGAGGAGAUGAAGACUGAACUCCGUAUUGCUCCUGCUGAUCACUGCUAUGCUGGACCUGGAGAUGUGGCUUGUGAUGUCUGCAGUGAGCGAAAGCUCAAAGCCAUCAAGUCCUGUCUGCAGUGUCUAGUUUCUUACUGUGAGCAGCACCUCCAGCCUCACUAUGAUGUAGCUGCCUUUGAGAAACACAAGCUGGUGGACACAUCAAAGAGCUUUAAGAAAAUCAUCUGUUCCUGUCACAAUGAGGUGGUGAAGAUUUUCUGUCGCACUGAUCAGCAGUGUAUCUGUAUUCUGUGCUCCAUGGAUGAACAUCGAGGCCACGACACAGUUUCAGCUGCAGCAGAAAGGAAAGAGAAGCAGAGAGAGCUCGGGGUGAGUCGAAAGAAAAUCCAGCAGAGAAUCCAGGACAGAGAGAAAGACCUGAAGGUGCUUCAGCAGGAGAUGAAGGCCAUCGCUCAGUCUGCUGACAAAGCUGUGAAGGACAGCGAGAAGAUCUUUAGUGAAGUGAAGCAGCAGAUCAGAUCUCAUCAGAAAUCUGAAGUGACUCGGACAAGAGAGCUUCAGGAGAGAAUAGAGAACGAGAUCACUGAGCUGAGGAGGCAAGAGGCUGAGCUGGAGCAGCUCUCUCAUACACAGGAUCACACCCACUUUCUCCAAACCUACACCUCACUGCCACAAGUGAAUGAAUCUGCUGGCUCACCCAACAUUAAAAAUCAUGCUGUGCAGUACUUUAAGGAUGUGAUGACAGCUGUGUCAGAGUUCAAAACUAAACUACAGGAAAUCCAUUUUGUUGAAGGUACGACAGUCUCACAGUCAGAGGCAGAAGUGUGUCGAGCUGAACCGAAAACCAGAGCCGAGUUCCUCCGGCUUUCACGGGAACUAACACUGGAUUCAAACACAGCAAACACAAGUCUCUUAUUUGAGGGGGACAAAAAAGUCAAAUGUUUGAGUAAAAAAAUGCUUUAUUGUCAUCACGCAGACAGAUUUGCCAACAGGCAUCAAGUCCUCAGCAGAGAGAGUCUAACUGGGCGUUGUUACUGGGAGGUGCUGUGGAGUGGUGGAGCUCUUUCAGUUGCAGUUUCAUACAAGACUAUCAGCAGAACAGGUGAUGAAAGUCUGUUUGGGAACAAUGACAGGUCUUGGGCACUGGAGUGUUACAAAAGUGGUUACGAACUGAGGCAUAACAAAAUCAGAACUCCCGUUUCAGGCCCUCACUCAUCCAGAAUAGGAAUAUACCUGGAUCACAGAGCAGGUGUUCUGUCCUUUUACAGCAUCUCCAAAACCAUGACUCUCCUGCACAGAGUCCAGACCUCUUUCACUCAGCCGCUCUGUGCUGGAUUCUGGCUUUAUGUUGGAUCUUGUGUUGAGCUGUGUGAGCUCAAAUUGUCUGGAAACAGAGUUCCUUUCUAA